GUACACGCUUUUUGAUUGGUUGAACGUUCAGAAUCAGUUGAGUUUCAUUGGAUUCUAAGAUUUUGUAGUCAUUUCAGGAAGAAGGUGUUUUGCAACUGCUGUCAGAGUGUAGUGGGCGUAAGAAGUGUUUACAGACUACACGUUAGUGUCCACUUCUCGUGGAUUUUCUCAUAAACCGGUUUUGUUGUAAAGUCUGUGCGGGUAGAGCCGUGGAAAAAUGGCUAAAAUCGAUCUGGCUAAAGUCGGGAAGAACUUACUGAAGAGCGCUGACAGUGGAGAGAAAGUGGAGCUCCAGUCUCUGUGGCAGGACCAGCCUGUGGUUGUGUUCUUUCUGCGCAGGUUCGGCUGCCAGGUGUGCCGAUGGAUGGCGUCAGAGAUCAGCAAGCUGGAGCCUGAACUCCGGGCCAACGGGGUCUCCCUGGUGGGAGUCGGACCAGAGGAGCUUGGGCUGCAGGAGUUCAAGGAAGGAGGGUUUUUUAAAGGCUCCAUUUAUGUGGAUGAAGAAAAGAAUUGUUACAAGGAUUUGGGAUUCAAACGGUACACAGCUUUAAAUGUGCUUCCUGCUGCUUUAGGGAAGAAAGUGAGAGAUAUAGCUUCAAAGGCUGGCGCUGCAGGAAUCCAGGGAAACUUGAAAGGAGAUCUGAUGCAGAGUGGGGGCUUGAUCAUUGUGACAAAAGGUGGAGAAAAGGUGUUGCUCCACUUCAUCCAGGAUUCACCGGGAGACUUUGUACCUCUGGACGACAUCUCCACGGCUCUCGGUAUCUCAGCCACAGUAAAAGCCGGGCAGAAGCCAGUGUGCAAUGAUGAUGUUUGUACACGAUGAAGCAGCGGCGCUGAGCUUUGCCUGAAAUCCUCGAGUCGCCAACAUAAAGGAAGAGGAUCGAUAACACUGAUAAUACUGCAGUAACUCCAACGCCUUGGUUGUCUUUACCUUUUGUAAAAUCUCAGUGUACAUGCAGUUAAUACUUUACCUGAAUCUUUACGGUGCAUGGAAACACUUUUUGAUUCUGAAUGUGAUUCAGAAGAAAGUAAUAAUACGUUAAUCAUUAUUUAUAUUUUAAUGCAGCUUUGUAAACUGUCUUAUUUUGUUAGUCUGGUAAUGAUUUCACUUUGACUUCAGUUUUUUUUUAGUUUGGAUCACAACGCAUCUAACUAAACUACUUUCUUACAUUCAUUUUAACUGUAAAGAAUAAUUUGUGCAGUCAACAAUAAAAUCUUUUGGAGAUAAAUUAUUACACAGAAUA